AUGAGUGAAGAAAACGAUCCUUUGUUAGCAGCUUUAGGAGCUGAUCCAUCAAACAAUAAUAACAAUGGUGAAAACACACAAGAAUCUCAAGAUCCAGCUAGAGAUAGAGCUUUAGGAAAGUUUAAAAAUAAAUUAUUAGAACAUAGACAAUGGGAUGCUCGUCUCAAAGAAUUAAGAUUUAGUAUACGGGGACUAGAGAAAGAUUUUGACAAAACAGAAGAUGAUAUUAAAGCAUUACAAAGUAUUGGUCAAGUUGUUGGUGAAGUUUUAAAACAAUUAGAUGAGGAAAGAUUCAUUGUUAAGGCUUCAUCAGGUCCAAGAUAUAUUGUUAAUUGCAGAAAUUCCAUAGAUAGAACUAAAUUGAAACAAGGUGUUAGAGUUGCAUUAGAUAUGACCACUUUAACAAUCAUGAGAAUCUUACCAAGAGAAGUUGAUCCAUUGGUUUAUAACAUGACUACAUUUAAACCAGAAGAAGUUUCAUUCGGUACUGUUGGUGGUCUUGGUGAACAAAUUAGAGAAUUGAGAGAAGUUAUUGAAUUACCAUUGAAAAAUCCAGAAUUAUUCCAAAGAGUUGGUAUUAAACCACCAAAAGGUGUCUUGUUAUAUGGUCCACCAGGUACUGGUAAAACACUUUUAGCUAAAGCUGUUGCUGCUACUAUUGGUGCCAACUUCAUUUUUUCACCAGCAUCCGCUAUUGUGGAUAAAUAUAUUGGUGAAUCUGCAAGAUUAAUUAGAGAAAUGUUUAGUUAUGCUAAAGAACAUGAACCAUGUAUUAUUUUUAUGGAUGAAAUUGAUGCUAUUGGUGGUCGUCGUUUCAGUGAAGGUACCUCAGCUGAUCGUGAAAUCCAACGUACAUUAAUGGAAUUAUUAAAUCAAAUGGAUGGUUUCGAUUAUUUGGGUCAAACUAAAGUUAUUAUGGCUACAAAUAGACCAGAUACUUUAGAUCCUGCUUUAUUAAGAGCUGGUAGAUUAGAUAGAAAGAUUGAAAUUCCGUUACCAAAUGAAGCUGGUAGAUUAGAAGUUUUCAAAAUUCAUACUGAAAAGAUUUCAAAACAAGGUGAAUUUGAUUUCGAAGCCGUUGUUAAAAUGAGUGAUGGAUUCAAUGGUGCUGAUAUUAGAAACGUUGUUACAGAAGCUGGUUUCUUUGCUAUUAGAGCUGAUCGUGACUAUAUCGUGCAAAAUGAUUUAUUAAAAGCUGUUAGAAAGGUUGCAGAAACCAAGAAGUUGGAAGGUAGAUUAGAAUAUGAAAAAUUAUGA